CUUCGAAAGAAAUCGCAGCGAUCAACUUCACUUAGAACCCUUCAAUCCUUAACCUCAACACCAAAUCCGCACCCGAAAAUGGCCUCAGCCCUCGCAAUCGGAGGUGGCGUUGCAGUCGCUGCAUUUCUCGGCCGCGCAGGUCUCGUCGCAUGGCGGCGCUCCCGGGGCGGCGUCGGAGCUCUAGGCAAGGCCUUCUACAAGGGCGGAUUCGAGCCGCGCAUGACCAAGAAAGAAGCCACCCUGAUACUGUCCCUCAAUGAACGAGCCCUCACCAAAGAAAAAGUCCGCAAGGCCCACCGUACGCUAAUGCUCCUGAACCACCCGGACCGAGGUGGAAGCCCGUAUUUAGCCACAAAAGUCAACGAGGCGAAGGAAUUCUUGGAGAAAAAUAGUUAGCGCCUAGGGAGGCCUAGAUGUAAAAUGUAUAACACGGCGGCAUGCAUAGAGCGAUGGCGUUAUGGUCACGGUUUAAAGGGGGAUUUCGAUAGGCCAUGGGUGGGUUCCAUUCUGCUUGUAUUACAAAUAUGGCCCUUAUUUCAGAGGCCGACCCUCUUCUCGAAUCCAUCGCAAAUUCGCAUCCAUUAUCAGCACGGGAAAAAAAAUUAGGAAAUAAGCAACGGGACAACUGCACGCCCCCUUCAUCGCCCGAAUAGUGAAUUCUCAUAUUCUCGUUUCUGAAGACAAUGUUGCAGAAUGGUUAACACAAGCC